AAACUAGAUUAUUCUUAUUUCUUUCUUUCUUACUCUUCAACUACAGUUUUCCUUUCGUCGUCCUCCUCCUCUUCCUUAUUUAUUUAUUUAUAUAUAUAUUUAAUUUAAUUUCCAUCUGUCAUCUCUUUCUCUCUUCCGUAUUUAUGUCUGUGAUCCAUUUGUCUUCAGACCCAACUGCCGUUUUUCUUUGUUCAUUCACACCACUUUAGAGAAACCUCUGUUUUUAUUUUGCUGGGUUUCCGAUAAUUUGAUCUGAACAGGGUUUCGAUUUUCUCGAGCUUUUUGGUUACUGUUCUCGGGAAAUAAUCCAAUCCAUUUCAGGAAGUGGGUUUUUCAUUUCAUCCUCUACAAAACAAAUUGACCAUCUGAAAAUCUUGAUAGAGAUCGAGAGUAGAUAAAGAGAGAAAAAAAGAGAGAAAGAAACAGAGGAAAAAGGGCAAAAGGUGUUGAGAAUUGAUUGGCUAAACUUGGAAAUUUGAUAACAUGUUGGAUCUUAAUGUUAAUAUCAACAUGGGAGCCGAUUCAACCUACGAGAAGAUUGAGGGAGGAGCUGAGAUGAUGAUAAUGGAGGUGUCCGAGAAGCUGCAGGAACGUUCCAGAACCCAAAUGGAAGAUUCCGGUUCAUCUGGCUCUUCGGUUGUUAACGUUGAAAUCGAAGCUCUGAGUAGUACUACAACUAUUACUACUCCUUCUAAAGGCGCCUUCAGAGAAGAAGACUCUUCCAUCAAUAUCAUGAGCACCUCAUCUUCGGCAUUCAUCUUUGACAUAUUGAAGAGAGAAAAGGACUGUCACAUCGGUGCCACCACCGGUAAAGAAAGUAACACCUCUGAGCCAGGAUUUCUUACCAGGUCGUUUUUUCCGGUGGCCGGAGAAAAGGGAGGGAAUCAGUACCUAGAAGCUGGUUCUGGGUCGUCUUCGUCGAGACCUCAGUGGUUGAACUUGUCUUUUGCGGACUCCGGUGGCGGAGGCGGCACCCAGCCGCCGGCGGAUGUGAAAAUCUUGCAGCACAAACAACAGAUAAAGAAAAGCAGGCGGGGACCGCGCUCCCGGAGCUCACAGUACCGGGGCGUUACGUUUUACCGGAGAACCGGCCGGUGGGAGUCCCAUAUUUGGGAUUGUGGGAAGCAAGUAUAUUUAGGUGGAUUUGACACAGCUCAUGCCGCUGCUAGAGCUUACGAUCGAGCUGCAAUCAAGUUUCGUGGAGUUGAUGCUGAUAUCAAUUUCAAUGUAACCGAUUACGAUGAAGAUAUGAUGCAGAUGAAAAAUCUGAGCAAAGAAGAAUUUGUUCAAAUACUUCGUCGACAAAGCACUGGAUUUUCUCGUGGGAGCUCAAAAUAUAGAGGAGUAACUUUGCAUAAAUGUGGUCGAUGGGAAGCUCGAAUGGGACAAUUCCUUGGCAAAAAGUAUAUUUAUCUUGGAUUAUUCGACAGCGAACUAGAGGCUGCAAGGGCUUAUGACAAAGCAGCCAUCAAAUGUAAUGGAAGGGAAGCAGUUACUAACUUUGAGCAUAGUACUUAUCAAGGGGAGAUAAUCUUAGACUCCAAUGCACAAGGAGGCAGUGACCACAACCUUGAUCUGAACCUGGGAAUUUCUCCACCGUGUGAUGGUCCAAAAGGGCAUGAGUACUCUUUCGGUUUUGGGGAUACUCGUGUUCAUUGGAACCCUCGUGAAGGACCCAACAGAAUCAGACCAACAAUGCUCUUAAUAAUUAGUACCCAUGACUCCCAACAGAUUGAUGGGCAGUCAUCCCCACAUAUUCUACCUCCCAACCACACUGCUUCAGCUACAUGUUCAGGAGUGUAUCCAGGCUUCUUACCAAAACAUGAGGAGAUGAGAGCAAUGGCAGAUGAUCAUCAAAAGAGGAUCGCAGCCGCCAAUUCUUCGCAAGGGUUUUUGAACUGGGCAUGGAAAAUUCAUGGCAAUGGUAGCAAUGCUACUUCAUCUAGCUGUGUUACAGCUAUGCCUGUCUUCUCCAUUGCAGCAUCAUCAGGAUUCUCAUCUUCCACAUCUUUGGCUGCUCUAUCAGCUACCAACACCAUAAACCCACAAGCCAAUUUUGUUCAAAAUAUCUGCCUUAGUCCUAGUUUGCCAAUUACCACGACAAAUUCUGUCACGGACAAUUUUCACAGCUCACAAAUUCAUAGAGGCUAAACGUCAAACACCUUGACGGCAAGCAAGAUGUGCUAAAAAAUAAUAGCAAUAUUUUUAUUAGUUGUAGUGAUCUGUAUUAAUAGUACUACUUCGUGUAAGAGAUUUUUUUUCUUCUCUGAAUGCAUCUCUCGUAAUAUACCAACUAUUUUAUCCUGUUCACUGAUUUUGCUCAAUUGUAAUGUAAUAAUAUUUCUUCAUUGUAA